UACUUAUCGGGAGACUUUAUGUCUAUAUAAAAACAAAUAGCAGCCAGUACAAUUCUGCAGUUUGAAAAGUGUACAUUGAAGAGUUUCGCUAGAUUUCAUCACUAUUAGAAAUUGAAUUUUUUUCUAUUUUGAAAGUGGUACAUUUAAUAAACCAUCCAUUAAUAUGUGGGUUUUAGUAUUGCUGAUCCUUUGCCUGGGAUUGCUAUAUAAAUAUGUGAGGCAUCACUAUACUUACUGGCAAAGAUUGGGAGUGGACGAGGAGCCGGCCAAAAUUCCCUUUGGAGUAAUGGACACUGUGAUGAAACAGGAACGCAGUUUGGGAAUGGCUUUGGGAGAUAUUUACGCCCGGCAUGAGGGAAAAAUCGUAGGAAUUUAUAUGAUGAACAAAAGGAGUAUCCUGGUACGGGAUGCUCAACUGGCUCGUCAAAUAAUGACCAGUGAUUUCGGAAGCUUUCACGAUCGUGGAGUUUACGUGGAUGAGGAUAAGGAUCCGCUAUCCGCCAAUCUUUUCAACCUGCGAGGAGCCUCCUGGAGGAAUCUUCGGCAGAAACUUACUCCCUCGUUCUCCUCCGGAAAAAUAAAGGGAAUGUUCGGCACAAUCGAUGAUGUGGGUGAUAAACUGGUGCAACAUCUCGAAGGAGUUUUGGACCAGAGUGAUGAAGUGGAGAUCAAAGAUGUUAUGACCACCUAUGCAGUGGACAUAAUUGGAUCGGUGAUUUUCGGCUUGGAAAUCGAUAGUUUCAGCAAUCCGGAAAACGAGUUCCGUGAAAUAAGUAGUUCGGCGAAUAGGGAUAAAUCUCUGCUGCUCAAGAUCCACAAUAUGUCCAUGUUCAUAUGCCCACCGAUUGCCAAGCUGAUGAACCGUUUGGGUUAUGAGAGUCAUAUUUUGACUUCCCUACGUGACAUGAUGCAGCGAACCAUAGAAUUUAGGGAGCUCCACAACGUUGUACGCAAGGACAUGUUGCAAUUGCUUAUUCGGCUGCGAAACACGGGUAAGAUCGGCGAGGACGAUGAUCAAGUUUGGGACAUCGAAACUCCACGGGAAGAGCUCAAGUCGAUGUCCAUCGAGAAGAUUGCGGCACAGGCAUUUCUGUUCUACGUGGCUGGAUCGGAAUCCACUGCUGCAGCCUCCGCUUUUACUCUUUACGAAUUAUCCAUGUAUCCUGAGCUUUUGAAGGAAGCUCGCGAGGAGGUGGAUGCAGUGCUGCGAAAGCACAACCUGAAGCCAAAGGAUAAGUUCACCUACGAGGCGGUGCAGGAUUUUAAGUUCUUGGACCUCUGCAUCAUGGAAACCAUUCGUAAAUAUCCUGGUCUUCCCUUCCUGAAUCGCGAGUGCACUGAGGAUUAUCGAGUUCCCGGGACCGAUCACAUUAUAACCAAGGGAACACCCAUACUGAUUUCUCUCUUUGGUUUGCAACGUGAUCCUGCGUAUUUCCCCAAUCCCAAUGGCUACGAUCCCCAUCGUUUUGAUGCGGAUAACAUGAACUAUGUUCAGGCAGCUUAUAUGCCAUUUGGAGAGGGUCCCAGGCACUGCAUAGCUCUUCGAAUGGGAAAGGUAAACUCCAAGGUGGCAGUGGCCAAAGUUUUAGCCAAUUUCGAUAUCAAGCAGUCUCCCCGCAAGGAAGUUGAGUUCCGCUUCGAUGCUGCUCCGGUUUUGGUGACCAAGGAUGCUCUGAAAAUUCGUUUGACCAAGAGAAAGUAAUAAUUGAAGUAGCAUACUAUAUCCUUUAAAGCCAUAAAAACAUUUAUUUAAAAUUUUAAUUACAAAUAAACUAAAACUAUAUCGUA